AAUAUAUCGCAUACGAUAUUUCAUGAAAAACUAAAGUUGAUGUUACGUAUACUAUAGCUUUUCACUAAAUAUCGUAUGCGAUAUAUUUUCGAGAAUCAGGAUCCGGGACUAAAGCCCGAAUCAGACUGCCAAUUGAUAAUUGGCGAUUGAUGUUUAACCAAUUAGUAGUUACUUUGCUUUAAUUAGUUGAAAACUAAUCGUCAAUCGCCAAUUGUCAAUCAGCAAUCGCUAGUCUGAUUCGGACCUUAGGACGUAUUCGAAAUUGUUCGGACGUAACUUGAUUAUUGGGAUAUACUUUGGAUCAUUUCCAAAAAGGAAAUUUAAACUUUAAACUUUGUCAUCCAAUUAUCGUAGAGUGGCGUUGGGACAUUGCCUUAUUAGAAGUCUGGAGUCACAUAUUGAAAGAAAGAAGGAAAAGAAAGAAAAACUUCAAUGCUCUUCUUCGUGGAACGGCGCGCGUAAUUCCCGUAUCCGACUACGAAUUGAAGAUUGCAAUCGGAGCAAUCAAGUAAAGUAGAAUCAAGAUUUGGAUCAGCCGAUCGGUCUGGUUGCAAUCCUCCAUCUAUAGACUAAUAUGGACGUAACAGAACUCUCGAGCAGCUGGAGCCGCGAUUCUGCGUGUAUCGCGAGAUGAAUGUAUUAAAUUUGCAUGUAUUAAGGUUAGGUUAGGUUCGCACGAUAUUUGUCGCGCGCGUCACAUAUAGAUCAGCUCGUAUCGGUCUAUUCUUUCUUAGCCUUCUAACCUUAGCGUAGCUAUGCGUACUACACAUUGAAGGGAAAAAGAGGAGGGGGCACAAGUGUCGAAACAAAGUGUAAAAAGCGCAACUGGAACAGACCCUACUAUAUGCGACUCUAUUCACUCACGAACGUUCAUGCAUUUCAAGUCUGAGAGAGUCGAUGUCUGAGAGAAAUUCGCGGCGUCUAAACUACCAAGCUAUAUAUGUAUACAUAUGUUGAUGUAUGUAUACAUAUCUCGCUGCUGUCCGUUGCAAAACAGAGACGUGAAACCGUUAGGCCUGUUCUUUUUAGCUGAACUACACCUGCACUGCAACUUCGUUCCUUUUCCAUUCAACGCUAGGUCGGGUGCUUUCCAUUUGGUAACACAAGUCGACUUCUCGUGCUAUUUCUGCUUUCCUUGUAAUGUAUGUCGCAAUACGUCAGUGAUUCAAAUCAAUUUCGAUUGACUUUACGUUUACUGAGAGAGUUGAACUGGUUGCCGAUACAGAGUCGAAGGAAAAAUAGUCCCAGGCUGCAAUAAAUAUGAAAAAUCUUUAUGGCCUCGUUCACAUCGAUCAUUCAAUCGUGUAAUAACGUUAUACUAAAUUAUCUUUAUCUCGGUGAUUUAUACAACGACGGUGUAACAAAUUGGUACGAAAUUGAAAUUAAUAGAAAAUUAUUGGUUAGUAUGAAACGCGCGAACGAUGUCACACACUGUAGUAUCUCUUAUAAUAAAUAAUAAAAAAUCUAAAAAAAAUUUUAUAUAUAUAUAUAUAUGACAAUAAAUUACAAUAAAUUAUUACAAACAUCCAUAUUGUACAUUAUAAUCUGUUUAAAAUAUUUACUUAGAAUAGUAAUAAUAAUUGUAUUUAGUUGUUUCAUUCAACUACAUUCAAUUACAUUCAAUUAGACUAAUGAAUGAAAUCUGAACAUAUGGGAAACGACUUUUACGCGCGUGCACGCAUCGUAAUUGCUUUCCAUUUAUCAUAUUGACUUGAGCUAUAGACUUGAGCUAACUCGAGUUGACGCAAGUGUCUACAUAAGUCAUGUAAAUGGAAAGCAGCCGUAAUACACUCGCUUCACUCUAAAGGCAAAAAGUGCAGCCUGGUUCAGCUAAAAAGAGCAGACCUGUAUUGCUCGCGCGAAAUCGACAAUCGCGGCGACUUUCGACUCGACGCGCACUUCGGCCCGCUGCGCCGCGACUCUAGAAACGCGGUGUUUCUUACGCGCCAAACGAAAUGGCGGAUCGUCCUCUCGAAUUGCCGGUCGGUUACCUUGCUCGGUCCUCAGGCAGCCGCACGCAAUUCCGAGAAGGGCGGCCCUUUACUCAACUCGACUGUAUUAACACGAGGAGAGCAGUUCUGCGAUCGCGAGAGGCAGCGCGGUUCGAGCGAGCAGCGGCGAAACACUCGGAGGACACUCGGAUUUUGACGCGAACAAAUUGGGAUCACGGCGAUCGAAGGCAGGAUAUCCAACGGAUACGUGUGGGAAAUGCUUCUAUUCAUUCACCCCAUUCGGCGACACCUUCGGCGCUCACGCUGCGCUCACUUCUCUGUUGCGCUGCGCGAAGCGGCGGCGGCGGCGGUGGCGGCGGUGGUGGCGGCGGCGGCGGCGGCGGCAAGCUUGGAGAGAGACAGGCGGGAGUAGCCGCUGGAUAUAUACAUGCACACGCAAUAUCAUAGCAGCGAACAGUCGACACGCGGCACUCGUACGAAGCGGGUCGUGCUCUCCUUCCUCCUCCGAUCCUGUAGACGAGGGAGAGAAAGGGAGAGAGAGAGAAACGUAGAAUCAAAGACGAAGGAGAAGAAGAAAAAGAAGUGACUCGUGAGAAGUGAACACCAUCACCCCGUAUUCCCGGUCUUCCACGGCGGAGCAGUCGAGAUUAAACAAUCGCGACAUCGUCGGUCGAUCUUACGGAUUGAUAAUCGCGCGAUUACAACCGCGACCGCGUCUCCUACAAUGAGCAUCACGGCGUUCCGCGCCGCGUCGUCGUCGUUUUUCGCCAAGCACGACGCGAGACCGCACAAUCGGACGUCCAGCCCGCGUGAUUUCCCACGUCCCGUAGGGUACUGUUCCUUUUAGGAUGCUACACCGGCUCCGCGACGAUCGAUCAGCCCGCUGCUGAAUCGCUCCCGAUCAUCGGAACUUCAGCCGCGCGUCAGCAAAACAAGGCCAGCGGAACGGUACCUCCUUCGCGUGGGCUCUGCGUGACUUGGAACUUUGUGAGAUCGACGACGACAACGAUCUUCCGCUUCUAAUCGACGAACGCGCGGAAUCAAGCGCCUCAGGAAAGAGUACGUUGUCCCUUGGCGGAUACUGACGUUCACCGCGGUGUUUACCCGCGAUAUUGAUUGUCGAGUGUAAUCAGAACACACUUUCGCGAGUCGUCCUCGCAGCAAGGACACCGACCGGCGCGGCACCGCAGAAAACGGGUCACGAAACGUCCGACGUGCAGCCCGCGCUCCGACAGUAGCCGGUCGCGCCCGACCGGCCGCGAAAUCGUGUACCUGGCUAUGGGCAAGCUCCCAAUAAUCCCUCGACGUGACACCCGUGACAACACAAGGGGGACCAGCAAGGAGGAGAAGGCGAGGACAGCGGCAACAGCAGCAGGAGCAGUGGCCGUCGGUGGUGCCGUAUCGCGAUCCAGCGCGGCUAAUAGCGCGAUCGCCGAUAGCGCUGCCGCCGAUCGCGAUCGCCGGCUCCACGGCGACGUUGAUAAGGAUCCGCGCCGGCCCGACGGCGGCCCGCCAAGAGGAUGCGCAAGGAGGAGAUCGGCGAGGAAUCGAUCGAUCUCGGAGAUUACUGAUCACACCAAGCCUUUCGGCGGGAUCGUCGGCGCCUCGAGCGAUUCAGCACGUUGGAGGUGUCAGGACGCCGUCGUCGUCGGCACGACGCGACCACGCAGGAAUACCUGGCACGCCGAUCGCCCAGGAGGCGAGAGCGCCGACGAGGUGGCGGAUAUCGGAACGGGAUCCGACGUCAGCAAUAGUAAUGUCGAGGGGAACGUCCGCGUGCUCGACGCGCCGAGCGUAUUCGGGCCACGUCGUCGGGACGUCAGGAUCGCCGGUGACGAGCGCACUUGUUGCGCGAGCGACGUCGUCGCCUCUCUUCACGCACGACGGCCUCGCGACCGCGUGAUCCGCGCCGGGCCUAGCUCCAACGGGCGCGUCGUCGAACGGCGAACUUGGCGCAGCGGCGAUGCCCAGCCGGCUCGCAGCAGGUCCAUCGGUGCGGCUAUCGGUAUCCCGGAGACCGGUCAGAUGCUUCAUAGCACAGUAGGUAGUAUUACGAUCGUAAACACUGAACGGGAAGGUCGCAAUCGGUUCUCUGUGGCGCGCAUCGGCACCGCGGAUGUUUGCGAGGCGAACGUCUGGUCCAAAGGCACCGUAAGUAAGACGUCCGGGCACGCUGGCGCGAACAGCAGAUCGCUGAUAACCGAGGCCCGAGGGUCGAUCGGCGACGCGGAACGCGUCGGAGGACGCUCGGAGGAAGCCGGCAGUGGUAAUGGCAUCGGCGAACCCUCGCCACAUCGGAGUGGAUCGGUCGCCAGGCUGACCGAGAUCGGCGUCGCCGAUUCUUCAUACGUGAAACGGUCGCGCUGCCUCGCCUGGGAGGCAGCCAACGGCACGACGGUCCCGUCGUCUGUGGGAGAGACGAUCGCGCGACUCGUGCCUGACAAAUCGCGACCAAGGCGGACCAAGACGGACACGUGCUGGAGACUGCCGGCCACGAGGCUCGGCUUCGUCUUACGGACUCUUCUGUUGGGCCUGCUCGCGAGGAGUUUGCUCUGCGACGCGGUGCUGGGCGCUCCAUCGUCGUCCACGGCCGAUCUGAACGACCGCUCGGUCGUCUUCGAGGACAGCGUCGAGCAGGAGCCGAUGAUGCCGGGGAACGACUUACGUGAGGGCGAACUGGAGAUCAUCCGCAGGAGCAUCGUGCAGGGUCUUGGGCUCCAGAGGAUACCGGAUGCCUCGAAGGCGAACGUGAGCCAGGUCGAGUACGAGAGAGCGCACAGAAAGUACCUGAAACAAGUGCAGCUGUCGCACGACGGGCAGGAGUCUAGAAAGCGGCGGAGCCUCCACGUAUUCGAGCCUGCAGAGCAUCCUAGGAAUAGAGCGGAUCUCAUCGCCAACGACGACGGUGACGAUGACGAUUGGAGAGGGAAUCACCGUCACUCCUUGUACUUUCCCGUCGCAGUUCCGGAUAACGAGGAAGAGCAGGACGUCACGGUCGACCACGCGUCCUUGCGAUUCCUGCUGCAAGGUGAUCACCGACGUCCGCACAAGCUGGAGGUCCUGGUCUAUCUCCGAACGCCGGGAUCUCGGCGUCUCCUCCUGCGGAACCGGAUCCCGCAGACGGACUCGUCGAAGGACUCCCGUUGGCUGGAGUUGGACUCCACCGAGAUCGCCGCGAUCUGGCUCGAGAGAGACCUCGAGGAGAACCACGGCCUCGAGCUGGAGUUCCUCCACGACGGUCGGCCGACGCGUCGCGAGAUCUCUCACGCGAGACUGAACGUCUUUACCACGUCGGAAACGGACGACGACAGUGUCGGCGGCGGUCGGAGGCAGAAGCGGUUCACACCCGAGGAACUGUUGCAACGACACGUGCGGCGCAGCGAGUGCAAGGGCUACAACAACAAGAGGUGCUGCAGACACGAGAUGACGGUGAUGUUCAAGGACCUGAAGGGCUUCGACUUCAUCGUCUACCCGAAGAGCUUCGACGCGGGCUACUGCAAGGGUCGUUGUCCGCCACUGUACAACCCGGCGCAUCAUCACGCGCUGCUGCAGAGCCUGCUGUGGAAGGAGGAUCGCAAGAAGGUGCCGAAGCCGUGCUGCGCGCCCAGCAAGCUCAACCAGCUGAUGGUCGUCUAUUUCGACGAGAAGAAACCCACGGAGCUGCAGGUGUCCUACUGGCACAAUAUCACGGUGGAGGAGUGCGCCUGCUCCUAAGGGAGCUGAGCGAAGGAAGUUGGAGCUGGAUGGAGGAAAGGGAGAAGGAGAAAACAGUCUACCAUCGCCGAGGACUCACCAAAGAAUCGUCCGAAUUGUAGUUCGGUGCUGCCGCACGCGGUCGCGGUCGCGCCGAUGCGACGAGCCUCGUUCAGAAACCUCGAGUUUCCUUGGAAUUCGUCGGACCCGUUGAAAUAAGUAACGUAACACGUAAAUAAUGAUCGAUGAUGAUACAUUGAUAUAACGGUUGUAUAUUAAUAUUAAUGCCUAUAUUAAUAUCAAUACCGUUAUUAACAGGUACUAUUAAUACAGAUAGAGAUAAAAAAUAUAAGAGAAUGAUAGUCGUUCGUCUUCGGGAUUUCCACGCACCCUUCGUACGAUCUUUCCGGACUUUCGACUCUCUCCUAAGUCCAGACGAUUCUCAAAGUCGGUGCGAGGAAACCGAACAUCGUCGGUCUGUCUUUCCUUCUCGCACGAGCCGAACGACGUGAGGCAUCACCGAACUCAGACCCCGUGACUCGCGCGGGUCUCGCAUUGACUGUGAUACUAACGAUAUUUACUUGUCAUUAUAUUCCUUAUUACGUAGCGAUCGUAUUUUAUAUCACUAGGACAUUUUUGCUAUGUUCUGGCCUGGUUGAAAGAAGGAACGGGAAGCGAGAGAUGUUCGCAGUAACGAGCUCUCUCGCACUUUUGUCGUGGUUUCGUCGUCGUCGACGACGACGACGAUGAUGACGGCAACGACUACCGUUUAUUUCAAUCACGUGAGCGUCUCCCCGCAAACGAAACGCCAUAAUCAUUGUGUAACUAUAGCGCACACCUUACUAUCUGUUAAUUUAUUACAAUCACAUAGGCUACGUUGGGCUCUCGCGAAACAAGCGAGCCGUAAGUUGAUGUUUAUUAACAUAACGUGACGUAACUGAAGUCUUCGCUCUACCGAACCUGUUUUGUAUCAAGGUUUUAUUAGUUCCUAUAGAGUAUUAUGAAUAGAAUCUCGAGUAUCCUUUAAAAAUCUCUCGGAUCGAGUGCUCGCGGAAAAUGUACGCGCGCGUGCAUUACAUUCUUAAGGAAUUCCAAUGUUUCGCAACGAGGUCUGCGCUUAAUCGGUGGCCGUCGCGCGUAACUCUUAUGCAUGUCGCGAGAAUUUUGUGCUCUAACUGUCUGUGAAAUAGUGGUAUUCGCAUUUUAACUCUCUGUGGAGUAACAUAUCGUAUUUAUAUCGAGCGCAGAAUAAUAGAAUUGAGAUAAGGAAUCAUCGCUGUGUACGCCCCGAUGUGCGAAAUUGUGCGAAAUUUACGACGUGUCUUGCGCAUCGUUACGAAUUACGAUUCAAUUAGCCACGGGCGGCGCCGUUUUAUCAACGUUAUUCGUGUCUCUUAAUCGAUUGUGAAGAAAUUAUUCGAACGGUGAAGAUCUAUUCACGAUUUAUAGCGAAGUCUUAAAUAUAUGAUCUAUCAGUUUCCAAUAGAAGCGGCGUGUUUAUUUCCUCACUCCUACUUUUUACACUGGUAUUUAAGUGAACUACGAUUUUGAAAAUAUGAGACGUAUAAAGUAAGAAUUAGAUAUCUUGAUAUACCUUUCGGUAUUUUGUGCCAAGAAUUUUCCUUAGAGAAAAUAUAAAAAAAAAAAGAUCGAUCCCACAAUUCUUUCAAGUUCAAAUUUACAUCUCAGCAAUUAUGCAUCAAGUAAGAAUUUAGAUAUAAUAUUCGUGCACUUUCUUAAUUGCAAAAAAUAAAUAAUAUAUAAUAUUUUCAUCCACAUACACACACACACACACACACACACACACACAUACCUUACACACGGACCUUAAUCCGCGGAGAGAACUCUUCUUAGCAAAACAAAUAUAUAUAUAUAUAAAAGAAUCAGAUUAGUUCCACAAUUCUGAUCUAUAUCUCAGUAAUUAUACAUCAAGUAAGAAUUGAAAUAUUAAUAUAUUCUCUCGUGUAUCUUUAAUUGGAAAAUAAAUAAUACAUAAUAUUUUCGCCCACAUAUGAAGUUUGAUCCGCGGUGAAAAUUUAUUAAUGACUUUUAGUAGCGGUAUCUUCGAUAACAAAGAUUCUGCAAGAAAUAACGCCAGGUCGAUUUCUCGCAUACUUCCAGAACUCGCGGGAUAACUUUAAUUAUAACAAACGAUACUUUAAAAUUAGAAUCGUACAGCUGUAAAAUAUAUCGUCACUAUUUAACAAGUCGAAUCGAGCGUUACGAUUUUAUGAAUAAGAAAGGAAUCUCCAAUCUAGCGUCGCGAGGUUAUCUCGCCACGACAGCAAUAAAAUUUUAUUGAGCGUAACACUGCUUACCCCGUUUGAGUUCGAAGAUUACCGUGUGCAUUAUGCAACCACGCGCAUUCCGGUCGCAUGGACGUUGAGUUUUAAAAAAUACUUUAAUCAGGGAUAUUUAAUUGGCGAUAAAGACGUGGAAUGAAAUGAUCGUCUCCGUUUCUUUCUCUUCCUCUGUAAAGCAAUAUCGUAGUUUUAUCCGCACAAGCGAACUGUCGACUAAUAACAAAUCGGCCAGUACCGAGAGAUAAAAUCAUUCGCGACAAUGUCUUCAAAACACAAUACGAGUUAAAAACCUCAUCCGCGAACGUUCCUUUCUCUACAUACAGCAGAGCACGCGAUGUGAAAGAAGUGAGCGAUAUGCAAGAUAAGAAUAACAACUUUAUUUCCUGUUUCUCCUCUCACAGGAGAUUAAUAAAUGUCUCGACAUAUUCGUCUUGUCGAUGAAUCAUUUAGUCUUCGAGGCCCUUCUCCGUGGUUGAUUUUGUUGACUUUGUCAACUUUGAAGUGAGCGACGAAAUAUUCAGCGAGAAAAUGGUAAAAGUGACAUCGCGCUAUAAAAAAGUUUAUUUUUUUUUUUAUUGAGAUUGGAAGUCGAGGUAGUACACACAAAUACAGAUAGGAUAUAAUGAACUCGUUAACGUAUUAAUUAACGUGAUGUUACAAUUUUGUGCGUUAUAAAUAAGAUAUGAUUUGUUAAUUGUAUACUUUAACUUUCGUCAGAAUAAUAGUAACGACAAGGUUCCAGAAGCAUUUUAAAACUUGAAGUUUCUAGUUUCUCAGUAUAUUUUCAAAUGCAAAGCCCAUUUCUUACAGCGCUACACGAAUAUAAAUUGACGUUUAUCGAAUAUCAAUAUUCUUUAUAAAGUUUAUCGAGUUACGCUACAUAAACAAAAGAUCGUAUGUAAACACCAUUUACAUUAUAAAAGUACAAAUUUUCUCCUUUAAUUUGUAUACAAACAAAUAAAAUUUGCUUUUAUCGAAUUAUUUAACACAAAAACACGAAACAU